UCAGUUUAAUACCAGCAAUUGCCCGGCGAGGGUGCUGUUUUUGUGACUCUGAACUAAGUCAAAAACGAGAGCAAAAGACGCAGUGUUUGAUUGUCCUAGACUAUCCGUUUGUCGUCCUUAAUACUUAUUAAAAUUUAUUGUCGAAAUGUACACAAACUCCGCAAGCGAUGGUGACGGAGGAGGAGAUGUGUGUAAGCACGAAUCUAUUGAAAUGAGUAAAGAAUUGGGCCACACAACCAGCUUGCAGUCCAGCUCACCUACAACUACGGACACGUCCAAUAAACAGCAGUUGGUAAAAAUUGAGCAACUCCCCGAUCGCGGAUCAUGGUCUUCCAAAAUGGAUUUCAUACUAUCAGUAGUGGGCCUAGCUAUAGGUUUGGGAAACGUUUGGCGAUUUCCCUAUUUGUGCUACAAAAAUGGAGGCGGUGCAUUUAUAUUACCAUACAUUAUUACACUGUUUUUGGCAGGUAUUCCAAUGUUUUUCAUGGAACUAGCUCUUGGUCAAAUGUUGACGAUUGGUGGACUCGGUGUAUUCAAAAUUGCACCCAUAUUUAAAGGAAUUGGGUAUGCUGCUGCUGUAAUGUCUUGUUGGAUGAAUGUAUACUAUAUUGUCAUUCUUGCGUGGGCGGUAUUUUACUUCUUUAUGUCGAUGAGAGCAGAUGUUCCGUGGAGAACGUGCAACAAUUGGUGGAACACAGUCAACUGUGUCAGUCAAUAUGAAAGGAAAAAUUUGCAUUGCUGGGAUAAGAUUAUCAACGGCACCACGCAAAAGGUUUGCUCCGUAUCUGCUCUUAACAUAACAUCUUUAGAACUCACAGAUCCAGUCAAAGAGUUUUGGGAGCGGCGAGCUCUUCAAAUAUCGCAUGGUAUUGAGGAGAUUGGAAAUAUUCGCUGGGAGUUGGCUGGAACUUUAUUACUUGUUUGGAUCCUCUGCUACUUUUGUAUUUGGAAGGGAGUAAAAUGGACAGGGAAAGUAGUAUAUUUUACUGCCUUGUUUCCCUACGUUCUCCUGACGAUUCUACUGGUUCGCGGAAUUACAUUACCUGGCGCUUUAGAAGGCAUUAAAUUUUAUAUAAUUCCAAACUUUUCAAAGUUGACUAAUUCUGAGGUGUGGAUCGACGCUGUGACGCAAAUAUUUUUCUCAUACGGGCUUGGACUUGGUACUUUGGUGGCGUUAGGAAGUUACAACAAGUUUACCAAUAACGUCUACAAGGACGCGCUUAUUGUCUGCACAGUUAAUUCUAGCACCAGUAUGUUUGCUGGAUUCGUAAUAUUUUCGGUAAUAGGAUUUAUGGCUCACGAGCAACAGCGACCAGUGGCUGAUGUAGCCGCAUCAGGACCUGGCCUUGCAUUUCUUGUCUAUCCAUCGGCAGUUCUGCAGUUACCAGGGUCUCCAAUGUGGUCUUGCCUCUUCUUCUUCAUGCUUCUGCUCAUUGGAUUGGACUCACAGUUUUGUACAAUGGAGGGCUUUAUCACUGCCAUUAUUGAUGAAUGGCCGCAGUUGCUGCGGAAGCGGAAAGAAAUAUUUAUUGCUAUUGUAUGCGCUCUUAGCUACUUAGUGGGCUUAACCUGUAUUACACAAGGUGGCAUGUAUAUUUUUCAAAUAUUGGAUUCAUAUGCAGUUAGCGGCUUUUGCUUACUGUGGCUCAUAUUCUUUGAAUGUGUUUCAAUAUCUUGGUGCUAUGGAGUGGAUCGAUUUUAUGACGGAAUAAAGGAUAUGAUCGGAUAUUAUCCCACUGUUUGGUGGAAGUUCUGCUGGUGUGUCACAACGCCCGCUAUAUGCUUGGGAGUGUUUUUCUUUAACAUAGUUCAGUGGACUCCUGUUAAGUAUCUGGACUACAGCUAUCCAUGGUGGGCGCAUGCUUUUGGUUGGUUCACGGCGUUGUCAUCCAUGCUUUAUAUACCACUUUACAUGUUUUGGUUGUGGAAACGAACUCCUGGUGAAUUGAGUGAGAAAAUUCGAGCUCUUGUACGGAUAGACGAGGAUGUAACCCGGUUACGUGAGAAAAUGCUGAGAGAAGCUUAUGCCAAGGAGAUAGAAUUUAAUUCUUUAUAGACGUUUUUAAGUUAUCUCAUAUUGUUUAUAAGGUUCCCUUUGUUUGGCCAUUCAAUCAGCUAAAUUUAUUUAAAUUAAUUUUCUACAAUUUGGAAAAAGACAACUUAUUUUGCAAGUUUUCCUUUUCUUAAAAUUAACUUCCCUAUUUUGACAUUUGCAAUGAAUCAUUGUAACAGUUUUAUAAUUUAAUUUAUGUUCCCUUUAUAACUCAGAACUAGUCUUUCUAAUCAAUCGCAAGGAGUCAAGGUUUUUCAAUGGUUAUUGCAGUUUUUUUGUCGUACUUACUUAAAGUGGUAUGCCAGAAAUAUCUAGAGUAAUUAGAAUCACGAAUUUCUGAAUAUUCUGCUUCUGAAGCAUUAACAUAUAUAUGAAGAAUCCAUGCAGUUCUAAAAGCCAUUUGUCCCUCAUGCUCAAUUUUGUGAAUCACGCCACAGAGACAAAUUUUAUUUUUAUACUAUUACUUCCGUUGUAAGUUUUAGUCCGCAGAAAUAGACCCAGGAUGUGUUUUGCAUGACUUGUCAAGAAUGACUUCUCUGAUCUGCAUGGUUUCAACAUGUCAACGGCAAAAUCAAACUGUGGCCUUAUCAGUGAGAUAAAUAUCUUUUUUCAAAACUAUUACUGAGUAGAAUGGGGUUUGAGAUUUAGUUGUGUUUAGAAAUAAGAUAUAUUAUCCGCAAUGAAAUUAUGUAAUGUAAUGUAAUGUAAUAAGGUUGACACCAUAUAUAUACAGAACAAUUUUGACAAUGUCUUGACAGUGCUUCAGGCAUUGUUAUGUAAUUUAUCUAUAAAAUGUCAAUAUGUUGCUUAACGUGUCAAAUAAAUUGAAUAUCUAUCCACAC